GUUACACCUGCCUGAUAACACCUGGGUUUAUUUUUGGCUUCUCCAUUGUUCAGUCACAUCCAUCUUCAUCUGAACAGUGUAAGAGAGAGCCAGGGGUUCCUUAGGGAGACCCCCUUGGGGUGCCCCGGCCUUGUGCCGCCCCCAAUUUAUUUUUUUAACAUCGGAGAAUCUUCUUGAAGAGGUGUCGACGAUGGAGGAGAUAACGAUCAAGACAUCUCUCCUGACGCUGUACGUCGUCCUGGAGGACUUCAGGGAGGAAGACACCGACUUUAAGGCCCUUGCCUCUUAUUACGAACAUCACUACCGGGUCCACUACGGCAAGAACGUCGUCCUAGAGGACUUUAUUCUUCGAUAUUUCAGCGACCCGAGGACGACGCACAGAGACAACAUUUAUGAGUACUGGGUGUUGAUCCAUUAUCUGGAAGUGCUCGAGAGGGAGUGUAUCGCCCUCUACAGUGAGGAGUUGCUGCCUCCUGAAGCAUCAUCGGAACACUGGAGAUGGGGGCAGCAUUUCGAGUAUCUGCGGCUGCAGAAUACUAUCCAAUGGCACCUUCACCAGCUUGCCAUGACGCUCUGGGAGAGGGAGCAGAAGCUGCAGGAGGCUGCUGGUGAGGAACAAAAGGCAAGUCCUGCAGCUGAGGGAGAGGAGGAAGGAGCUCCUGCGGUGGAAGAGCAGAGAGAAGAGGGAGCUCCUGGACAACAUCAAGCUCCUGCGGAGGAGGAGGAGGAGGAGGAAAGAGAAGAGGGAGCCUCUGGGGAACAACCAGCUCCUGCACCAGAGAAUGAGAAAGAAGAAGGAGCUCCUGAAGAAGAAAUGGCUCCUGCUGCAGAGAGAGAAGAGGGAGCGCCUGGAGAACAGCAAGCUCCUGCAGCAGAGGAGGAGAAAGAAGAGGGAGCUCCAGCAGAACAGAAAGCUCCUGCUGCUAAGGAAGAGGAGAGAGAAGAGGGAGCCCAUGGGGAACAGCAAGCUCCUGCUGCUGAGGAGGAGAGAGAGGAGGGAGCCCCUGGAGAACAACCAGCUCCUGCUGCUGAGGAGGAGAAGGAAGAGGGAGGAGAUGGAGAACAGCAAGUUCCUGCAGCAGAGGAGGAAAAGGAAGAGGGAGCUGAUGGAGAACAGAUAGCUCCUGCAGCGGAGGAGAAGAAGGAGGAAGGAGCUCCAGGAGAACAGCAAGCUCCUGCAGCAGAGGAGGAGAGAGAAGAGGGAGCUCCUGGACAACAGCAAGCUCCUGCUUCCGUGGAGAAGGAGAUGGAAGAGGGAGCCCCCGGGAAACAACCAGCUCCUCCAGGGGAGGAGGAGACAGAAGAGGGAGCCCCUGAGGAACAACAAGCUCCUGCGGAGGAGGAGAAGGAAGACGGAGCUCCAGGAGAACAACAAGCUUCUGCUGCAGAGACGGAGGAGAGACAACAGGGAGCCCAUGUGGACAAACCAGCUCCUACACCGGAGGAGGAGAAACAGGAAGAAGUAGAUAAAGAACAAGCUCCUGAGGCGGAAGAGACCUUUGAAGUUCCUCCGGUGAUAGAAAGGCCGACCCUCCGAAAACGGGUCAAGAAGGCCAUAAUGAAGAGGCUCCGCAGGGUUUGGGUAAUGUAUCAAUUUACUGACAAUUACCCUUCUUCUAGAGAUACCUCAUGUUGUCCAAUGCAGCUCCACUUUACUUCCUGCUCUUCUGAGCAUUUUCAAUCAGAACAAUAGAAAGGAAGUCAUACACCCUGUCUGUUGAGCCCGCAGGCUGAUCACUUUGAGGGCGCACCCAAUAGACCAAUGUUUGGCUGCCUUUAGGGUGUAAGAGGUUGCUGACAGGGAUCUAAGUCUGCAGAUAAAGUGUUGAUUUUAUAGUAGGCCAAUAAGACCCAAACAGUCCCCAAAGGCCCAACAAAUAGUGCACUCUUAAAGCAACACCGAGCCUUUAAUAUCCUAAAGAAACAAGUAUUUGUCUUUAUUCUUAUCUUAACAUUUUCUAAAUCUUUUC